CAAAGUACAAGGUUAUAUGGUCAAUAUCAUGGGGGGAUUUUUCAUUAGAGUGACCAAAACAAAUAUUGCUUCUCAUACCCAACUUUUGUUCUUCAGCUCAUUUCUCAAAGAGAUGAACAUUUUCAGAGCUCUCACCCUCUUUUUUCUUCCCUUCAUUUUGAUAUUUUCAGGGAAGUUCAUAACCAUACGAGGUUUCUCUUAUGACUAUUCUGCAACAGCCGAGUGUCUAGCUAAGCCAUGGAGGGUUCAUCAUGGAGGAGGGAUCAUAGUGAAUCCAGAGUUCAACAAUGGAACUGAAGGAUGGAAAGUAUAUGGAGGAGGAGAAAUAAAGCUAGGGUGGUUGAAACAAGGCAACGACACCAAUACCUUCAUUGUAGCUCACAAUAGGACUCAACCAAGGGAUAGUCUCUAUCAGUUGGUUCAUCUCCAAUAUGAAAAGCUCUAUAGUUUCUCGGCUUGGGUUCGACUAAGUGAAGAGAACGCACCUGUGGCUGUUCUAUACAGAAAUAGUGAAGGGGGUGAGAUUCGUAAUGUUGGUGAAACCAUAGCCCAGCAGGGCUGCUGGAGUUUGUUCAAAGGUGGCUUUGUCUCUAAUUUUACAGGCCAGGCUGAGCUUUUUUUUGAGAGUACAAAUACGACAGCAGAUAUUUGGAUUGAUAAUGUCUCACUGCAACCAUUUACAAAGGAACAAUGGCUAUCCCACCAAGAAGAAAGUAUUAACAAGGUGAGGAAAAGCAAGGUGAGGCUGCAAAUAACUCAAGCAGACAACUGUACACUAGCAGGUGCAAAAGUCUUCCUCGACCAGAAAAAAAGAAACUUCCCAUUUGGGGCAGGAAUGAACAGCCAUAUCCUUUCCAGCAAAAGAUACCAACAAUGGUUUGCAUCAAGAUUUGAUUAUGCCACUUUCACCAAUGAACUUAAGUGGUAUAGCAAUGAGAAAGUACAAGGCCAAGAAAACUACACCAUCCCUGAUGCAAUGCUUCAGUUUGCCCGUCGUAAUGGUAUUAAAGUCAGAGGACACAACAUUUUCUGGGCCGAUCCCAUUUAUCAGCCAGAAUGGGUCAAGUCACUCAGCCCUAAAGAUUUGAUGAAAGCAGCCAAUAGAAGAAUCAAGUCCGUGCUUAAGAGAUACUCCGGAGAGUUUAUUCACUGGGAUGUCAUGAACGAAAACGUGCACCACAGACUCUUCGAGGACAAACUUGGUGAAAAUGCCUCUGCAAUGUACUUCAAGAUAGCACGUAAACUAGAUAAGAAACCGCUUCUUUUCCUCAACGAAUUCAAUGCCAUGGAACAUGAUUACGAAAAGAAAGCAACCCCAGCUAACUACAGAAAGAGACUCUUCCAAAUCCUAUCGUAUCCCGGGAACCAAAAUAUUCCAGCAGGAAUCGGCUUGCAGGGCAACUUCGGCCCUGAUCCACCAAACCUACCAUACAUGAGAUCCGCUUUGGACUAUCUAGGAUCAACAGGCUACCCCAUAUGGAUCACAGAAGUGUAUUAUAAAGAAGGCCCAAAUCAGGUACAAUGCAAUUUCAUUCAGACAUUUCAUCAAACACCUUCCAGACAUAACUAACAAAACUUGGUAUCUACCCCUAACAGGCACAAUUCUAUGAAGA